AUGGCAAGGACUAAAAGACAGAAGAUUACUGGAAAUACACUUGUUGAUCAACACGAGGAUAUAGCUGAAAAUCAGAUUCACAUUGAGGAGCCUAACUCUACAGAUGAAGAAAAUGCAGAUGAAAAUUCACAAAGAAAAACUAGAGGGCCAACAUAUAUGACAGAAAUAUGGGGUAAACCUAGUAGUUGUCAUCGGUACAAAGUUAGAUUUGAUAAGGAUGGUGAGCCUGUUGGCAAGAACAAGUCCAAAUUUACUGAGUUCUUAGGAACAAUAGCAAGAAAUGGAAAGUAUGCUCCUCUAGACGUGACAGAUUGGCGUGAAAUGACAAAUGAUAAGAAGCAAGACAUGCUUGUAUUGGUGAAGGAAAAAUUUCGUCUUUCUCCAGGUGCAGAUUUUUGGACUUUGAAAUCAAUCGGCAAAAAAUGGAGAAAUUGGAAAUCAGCUUUAAAGGCAAAAUAUUACAAUCCAAAUGAAUCCAUUGAGAGUCAAAUUAACAAUAGGGAUCAGCGGAUCUUGAAAGAUCAGUGGAGAAAUCUUCUGGCUUACUGGAGCUUAGAGGAAACAAAGAAUACCAGCGAGAAGAAUAAGAUGAGUCGGGCUAAGAAAACAAUGAAUCAUAAGACAGGGAAGAAAUCGUAUGCUCAAAUUCGAAAGAAAUUGAUGAAAAAAUUAGGUCAUCUCCCAUCACGAGUUGAUAUGUUCGAACACUGUUAUACUGACUCAAACGGAAACCCGGGAAAUGAUGACGUUGCAGCUACAUUACAAGCUUUGAAGGAAAAAGUUAGCCAACUUCCCCCUGGUUCUAAUGAUGAUGUUGGUCGUAAUGAUGCAUUUGCCCAAGUAUUUGGGGAAGAUAACAAUGGGCGUGUGCGCAUGUAUGGUCUAGGUGUGACGCCAUCAGACAAAUGGGGUAACGUACCUAGUCGCAGCACUUGUCAGCGUAUCGUUAUGGAGCAAAAGGCAGCAAUUUCUAAGAUGGAAGAUAAAUUUGCUGAGCAAGAUCAGCAGCUGAAAGACCAAGCCAAAGAACUUGCAGAGCUCAAAGCAAUGGUGUGUCAGCAGCAAAAUAGUGGCUCAAAAACUGGUGGCUCGAUAAAUUCAACGUCCUCUAAUCAUGUUUCAAAAUCUCCUAUGGGUGCUCGUUCUCUUCAGGAAGGUGAUUGGGUGGAUAUUUUCAGCUUGUUUGAUCCAACAAAAUGUCUAGCUAUUGGUCGCCUCCAAGGAAUUGAUCCUUCUAAAGUUGUUGGUGGACAACCAUUAGGACCAUGUUGGUGUGAAAUACUAGUACAAAUCGUGAUGGAACGCAAUGAACAAUUGAUUAGGCCUUAUGGGCUAUUGCAAACAAUUGAAGAUGCACUUGGUGCACCGAUUGCUUGGCCACUGAAAUUGUGGAUAAGAACACCUACAUCUGGUGCCAAUUUAAGUUCAACUACUGCUGUUCCUACUACCAACUUACCAAGUACAAGUUCAAAAGCAACAACUAAGAUGAUUCCAAGUACUUCAAAGGCUGGCCAAUCCCCUCUAAGCCAACUGUGGAUAAGAACACCUACAUCUGGUGCCAAUUUAAGAACAACUACUGCUAUUCCUACCACCAACUUACCAAGUACAAGUUCAAAAGCAACAACUACAGCAACAACUAAAAGACCAAGAACCAAUUCGGGUGAUGCUAAAACUAGAAGUUCUAAAAGCAAUUCAGGUGCUGCUAAAACUGGAAUGGUGUUCAAGUCUUUUGACUAUGUUUACAUGCUACCACCCCUAGUAGUUGUUUGA